GCUUUGUGGAGGGCAGACGCAGGGUGAGCCCUGCCUCUGUGAACCGCACUGGACUUGAAGCAGCAGGAAGUCCCCAUCUCCAUUGUUAAGCUGUGGAAUCUGUUUUAGGCACAUUCUAAAUCCUGUCUCCGGCCUUUUGCUUUUCUGAAAGUCUGCAGCAAAGACUUAAAGAUGCUUUGGUUUCGAGGCAACAGAGUGCACCUCGCCAGAUACUCCUUUGGAUUCCUCCUGAGAAAUCUCUCUACCUCUAAGACAAAUCUGCCUGUGCUGACUUUAUUCACAAAGGAUCCAUGCCCCCUUUGUGAUGAAGCCAAAGAAGUACUCAAGCCUUAUAAUAACAGGUUUAUUUUACAGGAGGUGGACAUCACACUCCCACAGCACUCUGCUUGGUAUGAGAGGAAGCAGGAAUUCACUCAUCUUAGGGGUCCACUCAGAAGAGUAGCUCCCAGAGGGCUUGGCAGUAAUGAAGAAAUCUGAUAAUAGGAAUAGUAAUGUAAGUAGGACUAUGGAAGUACUGUAUUACUAAGAAACCACCAAAAGUUAAGGCGAUGCCAUCCUCACUAAGCUUCAGCAUCUUCCUUUCCCAGUUCUCUCCUGGGUGACCAGCUCCCUUGCCUACACAAGGUGUCUGCAUCUCAUCACUGCAGCUUGCUUAGGCUCUUCAUUCCUCCUGACCUUUCUGAUCAGCAAUACAGUAGUUUAAAAAUCCCAGGUAACCCCUAAGAUUUUCAACUUAUGUUUUCUAACCAGUCACCCAAGACAUACAUUGGCUGAUGAAGCCUAUAGAAGGAUUCACCCUUGGGUCAGCUGUCCAUUGCUGGUCCAGUCAGCUAUGAGGGAUGGGGAGAUGGCCAAAAUCAUGUGGUAUACAAACACCGACAUUGCCCACUUAGCAGACAGUAGAAGCAGGGCUGGCAAUGGUCAGUAAUGCUUGUGCACAUUCAAAAGCUUUGGUUUAGUUUGUUUUUGAGUUACAGUUCCAUGAGCAUAAUUAAGUGUUCUGGGAAUCCCAUUCUUCACAAUAACAUUUCAUCAAUUGACAUAAUUCACACAAUUGAAUGUCUUUGGCUAGUCAAUAAUACACAGGCAAACCUCUUUCCGGUGUUCUCUACUUUCAGCCAAGAUCCAUUGGACAUCCCUCCGCAGUGAUAUCCCUUAUUCCGCAUCUUUUUGUGAACCUACCCUGCAUUACUGGCAGUUCUGUGUCAAUGAAAUGCUGCAAUUGGUUUUGAAUUAUCUUCAGCAUAAUUUACUUGCAUGUAAUACUAAUGAUAUUGUUUGAAAAUCUCCACAUUCUUUGGGAUCACUCUUCUAUUUCAUGGACAAAAUUUGAAUCUCUUGCUGUCAUUUGGCCAGGUAGCUGUCUUCCUAGUAUCUUCACAUAGAUAAGUUGAGUACAUCCAGUACUGCAUCUGUUUGUUUUAACAUUUCAAUUGCAUUCUGUCAAUCCUGGAGCCUUGGCUUUUUGUUUUGUUUUGUUUUGUUCAGAUGCCUGCAGUUCAGCUUGGGUGUCUUCUUUCAAUACUCUUAGUUUUUGAUAUCUUGCCUCCUAUAUUGAUUGAAGAUCAACUGAUUCUUUUUGGUACUCUUGUGCAUUCCUUCCGUCUUCUUCUCAUGCUCCCUGUGCUGUUCAACACUUUGUCCUUGGACUCUCUCAGUGUUACUUGCUGAGUGUGUUUUUCUCUUUUGGUUUUCGAGUUCCAGGUCUUUGAACAUUUCAUUGUAAUGCUUCACUUUGUCCUUUGUCCUCCGGAGUCACCUUUUGCAGGUUCCUGUUCUGAUGUUUUACUUCAUCGUUUCUUUUAUUUUAGCUAUUGUACCGUUCAGUGCAAGGUUCAGAGUCUCUUCUGACAUCCAUUUUUAAUUCCUUUUCCUGUCUUUCUGGUGACCUUUUCCUUUCUUUAUGUGUGAUUUCUUUGAUGUCAAACAACAACUGAUCUGGUCUUCUGUCAUUAUAUUCAGUACAUAAAUUCUGUUCCUGAGAUAGUCUCUAAUUUCAGGUGAAAUAUAUACAAAAUUGUAUUUUGGCUCAUGUAAACUUACUUCCUUCUCUUCAACUUCAACUUGAACAUGGAUAUGAACAACUAACAAUGGUUCGUUCUUUUGGCCCUUGGCCUUUGCUGACAACAUUGAAUUAAUUCAUGGUCUCCUUCCACCAAUGAGGUCUACUUGAUUUUUUUGUAGUCCAUCCAGAGAGUUCCAUAUGUAUAGUCACCAUUUAUGCUGUUGAA